CAAUACAAAAAAAAGAAAAAACAAGAGUGCUCUCGGUUGGCGCUAUUUUGUGUAAAAAAUAUUAAAUUAAGAGAAAUCUAAAUAAAGUGAACAAAUUUGUUUGUGAAUUAUUAUUCCUUGAUUUAUUUCAAAAACAUCUGUACUUCGAGGAAUUUGAAGAAACAUAUUGAGGCGUGAUUUUAAAGAUAACCCAAUGGGUUUGUUAAAUAAAAGUGUGCCAGUAAGCUAUUGAAGCUUAGUAUUGGCCUGCUUUUGAGGAAUUGAAUGGCGAUGUAUUACUACGCAAGUAAGCUGAAUGAAGCAUCAUGUAGCGGGUGUAACAUUAAAGUGCCACCACCACCCAGCGAGCCAGCCCCUGCCCCUCCACCACCCACCGACCAUGCUCCUCUUCCACCCGACCCAGCUCUAUUGCAUGGCACUGGACUCUCUUACUAUGAUAAUGAUGAUUAUUAUUCUAUGGUGAGAGGCAAUAAGUUUAUGACAGAAAAUUCUUGUAAACAUCUUGUUAUGAAUGGUGGUUUGAAUUUUGUCACUCAAAAAGGAGAUGCUGCACAGUUGUCAGCUGUAGGUGUAAAGACUUUAACAACAUUUGUAAAUUGCCCGGUGGAAAAGACGGAUCUCGAGUAUAAAGAUGGGCAGCUUGUUAGUGCUCCCCUGGAUUCACUGGUAGACAUGCUACGGCCCGGAGCAAACAAAUCCUAUACAUUCACAUUCCUAUUGUGUUCACGACUUUUUAUUAAGCCUCAUGAAUUGCUUGGAAAGCUAUGUAAACGCUACUUUAAAACAUAUGACAAGAUUGGAAGGGCGGAAGUGAAAGAUUUAGUAGAAAAGGAGUUAACAGACAUGAGAGCACUAGUGAGAGUGUUGACACAGUGGACCAGUAUGUUUCCCUAUGACUUCCGUGACGAUAGAGUUAUGGCACUUGUUCGGAAUAUUACGCAAAGGUGUGCAGCAGAACACAUGUCUUCAGUAAGGGUGGAAGUAUCAACAAUGCUGGAGAAACUUCUGGAUAAAUUAACAGCACUUGAGCAAUAUGAGGAAACAUUGGUUGAAAUACCUCAAGUGACAUUGGUAGAACAGUUAGCUCAGGGAGAUAUUCUUACACUUGGUUUAACACCAGCUGAGCUAGCAAACCAAUUGACUAUAGUUGAGUUACAUCGACUGUCAUUUGUUGGACCAGAGGAGUUUGUGCAAACUUUUGCUCCCACACAGCCACAACAACCAACAUCUUCUUGCGGGAAGACAGCCAUCAAUCUGCACCACAUUGACAUGAAGAGUACAAGAAACUUGGAAGCUUAUGCUGACUGGUUUAACAGACUUAGCUACUUAUGUGCUACUGAUAUUCUAAAGGCUGUAAAAAGCAAAUACAGAGCUAGAGUAAUAGAACAGUGGGUUAUGACGGCUAGAGAAUGUUUCAACCUUGGAAAUUUCAACUCGCUCAUGGCUAUCAUUAGUGCUCUGAAUAUGUCUCCAGUGACGCGUCUUAAGAAAACGUGGAGCCGCACGUCUGGAGUUUGCGGCCAGCAACUGCGUCAAUUAGAAUUAUGCGUUGAACCUAGUGGAAACCAUGCAAGAUACCGAGCAGCGCUAGCGGCUGCACCUACUGAAACUGCCGUGCCGUUGCUGUCCGUCACUUGCAGGGACCUGCAUUUUGCUAACCAAGGCUCUUCAUCAAAAUUGGGUGGUAACCGGGUUAACUUCGAGAAGUGGUCCCUGCUGGCGCGACACGUGAGCCGGCAGCUGGCGGCGCGGCGGCUGUGCGGCGACGAGCCGCCGGCGCCCGCGCCGCCACCGCCGCACGCUCCCGCCUGGCGCUUCCUCAACGAUACUCCCACGCUCACCGAGACCGCACUGGAACUCGUGUCAUUCGAGCGAGAGCCGCCUGUCGACCACAUGGAGAAAGAAAGAUUAAAACGUCUGAAGGCAGCUUAAACUGACAAUCCUGUGAUUAUAAACCACCUGAUAUUAUUGCUACUUAUCAAAACUUAAUUACUAGUGAACUUUUCCAGCACCUAAAACUAGCGGUAUUAUAAUUUAUUUUAGUCUAUAGUCUUCUUUACAAAUAAACAAUUGUUGACCACGUUGGUACAGUCGUGAUCGCAGCAAAAAAGGUAACCUUUGACUAAUAUACACUUGUAUGAAGUUCCGUUCAUUUAUUAUUGACUUAUCUUUUUAUCUAUUGUGAUGAUGACUGUACACUAUAGACUGUACAGUGUACAGUUACAGUACUGUACAGUGUACAAUCUAUCUAUAUUGUCUAUAGUGUAUCUAUAGUGUACAGUCACCAAAUAGAUAGUAACACCCAAUGCGGAAAAAUAUAUCGGAAUACAUCCUUGUUUCUACAGGUGACUUUUAAGUCAUGAACAGUAAUCACAUUUCCCGAUAUGGCUUCCUAAAACUAACGCGGAGCAAUAGUUUAAAUCACAAUUAAUUCAUGAUCAAUUUAAUAAAAAUGAUCCCCAAUGAAACAUUCACGGUCACUCUACUAGUCAUGUGGCUUUAUUGCAAUGUACACAUAACCGUACCUAUGUAGAAUUGACUGAAUCAUCGAACGAGUACUCAGUUUAUUAAUGUUGUCAAACACUAUCAUCAUGUGAGUUUUAGAUACCUAACAGUGUUCAUGUACAUUAAAAGCAAAGCAUUUUUAUCAUUCGACGAAUUAGACUGUUGUUCGGCAUAAGUGACUUGGGAUAACUUUCUCGAAAUGCUUAUCGUGUUUGAAUGUAAAAUCUUAUGUCGUAACGUUGAAUUACGGUGUAUGAAUAUGCAACUGUAAUGCCAUGUCGUCAGCAUAUAAUUCCUAAUCGUCACCUUCCUAAUACGUCCACAUUCUUAUCUUGUACAUAUUGCUAUAUGGUCCACAGUGCUUACUCGUCACCAUUCGUAUGUCUUUUGUAGAAGAGUGCUAAGGUGAUAUAGGCAUGGUGACAAGUUAGCACGUGGUCGAUUUAGGAAUAGUGACGAGUUAGCACCGUGGCCUAUAUAGGAUGUGGUGGACUAUAGCUCGUUACGAAGGCUUCUAAAAUUUCUUCUAAAAAUUUUGGUGGGAAAUUGAUUCUAAAAAUUGAAAUUGAAAUUGAACAGUGGAUGAUGUGGCAAUGUGGUUAACUUAAAAAGGUGACGAAAUAGGAUUGUGGACGAAUUCAUCCUGAGCCGCUAAGCAUCAUAAUCAUCGUUUGCGGACGUUUUUGCUUGAUACAAAACUUUUACAGUACAUAUGGUGCAACUUACUCCCUUCGGCCGUGUUUUAAUUCGUUGCGAAUUUCCUUCUCUCCGCACUUGUAUGGUAAAUAACUAUUACAUUUACAGAUAUUUGGAUAUUCUUACUCGUACAUGCAAGUGUCUAUACUAACCGCUCAUAUUAAGAACCACAUAUUUCUGAUCACGCGUUAUGAAUCACCCUGUAUAGUAACAGAGGUUAGUUACGAUAUAUUUGGCCACUUUGGCUGUCACUAUCUCUUGGAUGCUGACUGUACAAACGUGUAAUUUCGUUUAAAAUCAGAGCUCGGAAAAGGUGACCUAUUCUUAUGUUACUAAUGUCAUCUGUUGACACAUGGGGUCGUCCAUGAAUUAUCCUAUAGGUUGAAUACCGGCUCAAGAAAACUAUUAUUUUUACCGAGUCAGUCUACUUACAUUAUGUACUUUUUGCUCUGAAAGACUUGUUUUUGAUUAUGAAUACUGGUAUUUUUUUUCUAUAUUAUACAUAAUUGGAAACUUUAAAAAUAACAGGCCUUUUCUGAGCUCUUGUUUACAACACAUAUUAGCAUUGGGUUUGUAUUACUUAUCAACGAUUAAAUCAUUCAAUGCUGAGAAAAAAUGUGUUCAACUUCCAUUACAUUACUUAUUUUAAACUGUACAAAAAUGUUAAACUGCAUUGAUCAGUUGUUGAUAUUGUUGACAUUUAAUCAGAUUAUUAUGGAACAAAAAAAUUACAAGCUAGUACCAAAAAUGCUAUAUUACAUAUUAGCUUGUACCUACUUGGCAAUAGACUCCGAAUGAUAACUAUGAUAAGAGUCCUGACAGUAGGUAAAUGCUGCAGUAUUUUUAAUUACGAUACAUAUGUAUAAAAUAUCCUAAAAAUAAAGUUCAUGUUUCGUCUACUAGUUCAAUGAAAAUGAAAUGGAAGGUACACAUUAGUGAUUUUAAAGGACGUAGGAUAGUUUUGAUAGAUAUAUGUUCAGUACCCCUAGUGUAACUUUUAUCGACAUCAUAACGUGACGAACGCGUUUGCGUUAAGUCUCAUUUUGUAUAGGAUUUUGAGUUUCCAAAACGUCCCGCUUGGCGCGCUCUUUCUAAAUCCAAUACAAAAUGAGACUAAACGCAAACGCGUACGUCACGUUUCAAAAUCGAAUUUAGUUACACUAGGGGUACUGAUUUACACGAUUAAAGACUUGCUAUUAUCGAGCUCCGUUCUAGUACUAACGGAAUUGGUGUUUCAAAUUUUAUUUACCUGAUUUAUGUACAAAAGUAUUUUAAAGGCAGCGUAAUAAUUUUAAUCAUUUUCUAAAUACAUUCAUGACAUAAUUAUAGUAUUGAUGUAAAAUGAUGUAUAUUUUUGUGUGUAUUUGAUUAAUAUCACUAAAUUGAGAUUAAUUUUGUUGACGUCAAUCCAAAAAGUAUAUGCAUGCCUUUUUUAAGUUUAGUCUUCAAAUUACAUUGGGUAAUUCCAGGAGACUGUAACGUCAGUCACCAAUUAUUUCGUGUGUUCUAACAUUAAUUAAACAAAUUUAACUAUCCAGAUAUCUACCUGUAGGGCUACGCCAGACAUACAGACACUUAAAUUCGCUUCAUUAAUGUAAGAACACACGAAAGAAUUGGCAAUUGACGUUACAGUCUCCUGGAAUUUCCCCAUUUGCUUUUAAUGGCUAUUAUUACGGCUUUGCUCAACCGAGUGAUGCACUUACGGUUUGUAUGCAGAGGGUUUUUCCGAAUACCUUUUAAGUCUAAUUAAAAGUUCCUUAUACAGUAUUUAAUAACAAAUUCUCGCCAUUUUGAUGAAUCUCUCCAUAAGUAUAUUUAAUUGUUUGUUUUUAUUUAAGUAAUUUGAAAUGAUCUCAUUAAUGGUUGAAAUAUAUUAUGAUUUACUCUUGUGUGUUUAUACAAAACAUGUUUCAUGCGAUGUAUGUAAUUAUUUUUAACGUGUGUGUGGAACAUGUUCUGCAGAUUCUAAAAUGCGAUCAUUGUAAUUGCCAUUCGAUGCUGAAUAAAAUACAAAUGUACUGCAUACUUUUGAAUUGAAUGUUUUCUAGGAAUUAUAUUUUUGUGGUUGUUAAUGUUGCGCUAUGUCAAUGUCAUCUAGAUUUAUAGUAACUUGACUAAAAGUACCUGUUCAUCCACCGAAUAAGCUUGUAUUCCAUACAUUAUGUGUACGUACUUAACUAUUUUCUAGAAAUACCAUAUCCCCUCCUAAGGCCUCCAAUCAUGCGAGAAACAAAGUCGAAAAUGUACAAGUUAAAUUUGAACAGUAAUGUUGAAUAUUACUGUAGGAUAUAUAGUUGAUUUUGUUUUGUUUUGAAAUAAACGAAACAAAACAAAUGCAACUCAGGUCCCAUUGAAUUAAAAUUUUAUCGACCUUAAUAAAUACUAUAGGUGGGACUGUGGGCCCUAGGAGGCUAUAGCAAAAUGUUAAAGUUCUAGUGCUAUCAUACUGUUUUAUAUGCCACAAACUAAUGUCGAGAUCAUGCCUACGUUAGUUAGGUUAGGCAACCUGACUGAAUAAAAUCUAUAAUCAUUAUUUUAUGUGCUAUGCUCAAUGUAAAUGAUGAAUUAAAUGAUCCUCCAAUCAGUUUCUAAAAGGACUGAUUCACUACAUUAGUAGUACCAAAGAAUUAUCUAAUUGUGUAAGAUGAGGAGUCUAAUUAAGACAAUGUCGUACUUCAAAUUUGACAACUAAACGAGAUGGCGCUGUACGGCUCCGCUUAUGCGGUAACUUUGGCGGUCAAAAUUUGACGUUUUACAAUUCGAUGAUCAGAAAACAUAUGGUGCAGUACAGCGCCAUCUGUUCCGGCUGUCAAGCUAUCGGGCAUGCUGUUAUCAUAGACUUCACCUCUCUAUUACAAUCAAUAACUGUUUGGUAGUAGGUACCCUGUGUAAGUACAGGAACGGCUAAUCCCACCAGGGAUGGGUUACGCUGAAAAGUGUACAAGAUUAUGCGUUCCCAUAGUCUAAUUCAGCUAAAAUAGUCUAAUACUCUAAUACAUAUGCUGCCAUUUUAGUGUUAACAUAAGAUAUGACCCCUCGUAACGCAGUUUUUUUGAAAUAAAUGUGUUGAAAUCAUGUUUGGAAUUAAAUAUAUGCGUAUAAUAUCGUAAAUAAUAAUAAUGAAAAAACAUUUUUAACAUGAUACAAACUUAAUUUUUUUAAGCGUAUUAAUGAUAUGAACUGCUAGAAAAUAAAUAUAAAAUUGUUAAUUUAUCAUGUAAAUAGUCGAUCCUACGUACUUAAUUAUUCAUAUUAUAUUGGAGAUUUAAAAUUAAUCUAUGAUAAAAAUAAUAUUUUUAAUUCAUUAUAACUAAGUAAUAUAAAUAUAUUUUAUAAACAUUCCUGGGCCUUCAUAAAGGGUUCGUAUUCAUGGCUCACGCUAUAAAAGAGCCAAUAGCGUUGCCCGUUGCUUUAACUUAAAUUAGCUUUCCCGCAUCCGACGAAUGCGAGUAGCCAUUAUAAAAAUGUUUUUUUUUUUUGUGACCGAGUGUUGUCUUUGAUCUAAUAUUGAAAUAAUACAUCUUUCUGUUUUAUUCACACGAGACAUACACCUAAACUUUGAUUGCGAAAUAUAGUCGAUCACUAGUCACUUUCGCCGCCGGUCGGAAAGGUACCUUUAUGAUUGAGUUCAAUACUUAUUUCAAAUUAUAUCAAGUUCAGAGUUAGUAAACGUGUUAUUACGGAUCUACUCGGUUUGAAUAUGUUUAAUUGAUAAUAAAAAAACAAUAUAUACUCGUACUCACUCUCCAUAUGGAGGAGUAUAUUUUGAAGGGGCUUCUAUAAAAAUAAUAAUAACAUAAAUACGCAUUUUUUAUUCAGAAAUUAUAAUUUUAUGACAAAUGUUAUCUUAUGUUAGUAUGAAUUAGUCCUUUUGAUGCGAACUCUAAGACAUUAGCCGAUUUUUCAGGUCUUAUGAAAUCUUACUUAAUGCAUCUGAGUGAAAGCUACCCAGUAGGUAACUAUUUAUCAAGCACUCAGAAAGAAAAACAUGAACGUUAGUUUUAAGUAAAUAUAUAAAGCUAAACUUCAAAUCGAAUAAAGGCUAUAACCAUGUAAGACAACAAAAAAUGCCCCUAACCUAAUAUAAUAAUUUAGCCUAUAUACGUCCCACUGCUGGGCACAGGCCUCCUCUCAUGCGCGAGAGGGCUUGGGCUAUAGUCCCCACGCUAGCCCAAUGCGGAUUGGGGACUUCACAUACACCUUAGAAUUUCUUCGCAGAUGUAUGCAGGUUUCCUCACGAUGUUUUCCUUCACCGAAAAGCUAGUGGUAAAUAUCAAAUGAUAUUUCGUACAUAAGUUCCGAAAAACUCAUUGGUGCGAGCCAGGAUUUGAACCCGCGACCUCCGGAUUGAAAGUCGGACGUCAUAUCCACUCGGCCACCACCGCUUAGCCAAUAAUAAACAACAAGCUAACCUAACCUAACCUAAUAGCCAAUGAAUAUAUAUAGUGAUUUCAAAACGAGGUGACACUGACACCAUAAACGCAAGCUUUUGCUGCGGUAAAAAAAAAUAUUUUAGGGAAGUUUCCAUUUCACAUAAUUAUUACGACUCUCGAUGACGUUUUCCCGAGAAAUAUGCGGCCGGUGUAGGAGACUUCCUCAUAGAAUUGCAAACGAGUGGACAAUACCACUAGAUUCCCAAUUUCUAUUGCUCGUUUUUCAAAAAUAUCAAUUCGCUGUUUUCCACAGAUUUUCGAGUGAAAGCUCUCGAAAUUCAAAAUCGGCCCCCAGAACGCACGCGUUUUCCAAGUACGUAAUUUCACGCCAAUUCUAGCAAUUUGCAGCAUUUUUGCUUUGGCAAUUACUCAUUUGAAGUACCUGGAGGCAAAGGUAAAGUCCUUUUAUAAUGCCCUAGUCCAAUUUAUGAAUUAAAAUAUUAAUUAAUGCGCCAUUUGUCGUAUUGUGUCCUUAUAUCUAAACUAGAUGUUAUAUUGAAGUCUGUUGCGCUUCGAUAACGAUCCGCUAGUUGGCGCUAGAGUGCACGACGUCACGCCGGGCUUUGGUCAGGCCAUAACUACUCUAGGUCAACCAUCAACAUUAACUUGGUGAUAUUUGAUGUCAAAAAUUUCCAAUAAAAUUUCAAGAAUAUGUGUUCCGUUUUGUGAUUCCACAGAACGGUUCUGGGCCGACAAAGGGUGAGUCUGCGCUCUUUCUACCAAGUGCAUCUGCUUAUUCGUUUCCGUUAAUGUCGGAGUGCCAUGGUAACCAUCUACUUCGUGUGACUUCGUUGGAGUUAGCCCGUGCAUUUAUUUAGAUUUGUUUUACAGUUCUGGACUAGUUUUGAGUUUGACUUAGGGAGUCUAGUGUCAGCAGAACAGUCUGGCUGUCUUAGUGGAUGUAGAUCUGUUGGUGUCUUAGGUUUCUAUCACAUCAUUCAGGUUGAUCUCCGCACAUUUGUUAAUGACGAAAACUUCUGUCUGGAAGAUUGAGGUCUGUGUGCCCUUGCUGAUGCUAGCUCUGAGCUUAGGUCUGUCUCCAUAGGUCCCAGAUCCUACAUCAUUGCCUUUCUUGAAACCAUCCGUGCACCAAUUGUGGCUUCUCUCCGCGACUUACAUUUGGUCAUUGGUCCAUUUGGCUCUAGGAGGUAUUUCUAUUGUGUACAAUUUGGUAAAACGACAUUCGGUGUGCAUGUCACCAGUGGGCAUGCUAAGGGUUCUAUUAAAAAACCCAGGCCUUGAGUUUGGUUAUUGCUUGAGAGCGGUGGAGUGAGAUGUCCAGCAGUGCAUCUAGGGCCGCCCCCGGUGUCGAGGAGUAAGCCCCUGUUACUGUUAAACAAGUCGUGCGUUGCAGGCUGUGUAAAGUGUCUAUUCCGUAUUUUGUUACACCACACUGCGGAGCCGGGAGCCUGGUUAUGGGCUUCACCACCGCUGUGUAUAACCACAUAGAAAUUUUGGGUCUUAUGUCCCAUCUUGCUCCUGCCAUUCAACAGCCUCGCCACAUGGCCAUUUUUGCUUUUUGUGUAAUAUUUCCCAAGUGAGGGUUCCAAGUUAACUUUUGGUUGAAAGUGACUUGAUCUCAGAACGGUAUAAUUUGUCCAUUAAGUGUUGGGUCUGUAAGCUUUUCGAACUUUCGUUUUUUUCUGAAUGGCACCAUCACAGUCUUGCUCGGGUUAAUAGACAAGUCAUUUUCUCUACACCAUUUAAAUAUUGCGUUUAGAGCUCCUUGCUUGGAUAUAGUGUGGAGGCAGAGGCCUUUGAUGAUGGCUGCAAGGUCGUCGGCGUAUCCUUGUGUAUCAUAGUCUUGGCCUGACAUAACUGCAAGAAGUUGGUCCACUGCUAGGGCCCAUAAUAGUGGGGAUAGAACGCCUCUUUGUGAACACCCUUUUGUGGUACAUAAUUCAUGCUCUAUGGAAAUGAGAGUCAGAGUGGCUACUCUGUUCAAGAGCAUGCUAUGUACCCAUCUGAUGGAUGUUUCGUUUACUCCCUUUGAUUUCAUACCAUUGAGUAUGGUCUCUGUGGGCGUGUUGUCCAAAGCACCCACCUCAUCAAGUAAUGCACAAAGCGCAGUGUGUUUGUCCUCUAAGGUUUUCUGCUCCUUGUCAACCAGGUUGAAUAGGUCAGUCUCCGUAGAUUGUCCCCUUUGGUAAGCAUGUUGGUUUACACUUAGUGGUCUUUCCACCAGGUAUUUGGCUCUAAUGUGCUGAUUAAUUAUUCUUUCCAUCGUUUUGAGUAGGAACGAUGUUGGACUAAUUGGUCUGAACGAUUUAGGUUGUGAGUAGUCCUU